AUCCUUGUUAUUACACACUAUCCUUGCUCUGUGUUGAACAUGGCUACAAGCCCCUUUCGAUAUUUUAUUUCCCUUUUUCUGCUUUUGCUCUGUUUCGAACCCUGUUUGAGGGUGGGUGAUGCUAAAACUGGGUGCAUAGAGAGGGAGAGACAGGCUCUCCUUCACUUCAAACAAGGUGUUGUCGAUGACUAUGGACUUCUUUCUUCGUGGGGGAAUGCGGAGGACAAAAGAGAUUGUUGCAAAUGGAGAGGAGUGGAGUGUAACAACCAGACGGGUCAUCUGAUCAGGCUUGAUCUUCAUGCUCCGCUUGAUGGAAUGGGUUUUCCCCAAUCCUUGACAGGUAAGAUAUCUCAGCUUGGUCCUUCAUUGGCAGAGUUGCAGCACUUGAAGCAUUUGAACCUCAGCCGGAAUCAUUUUGGAGGAAUCCUUCCCACUCAACUUGGAAAUCUUUCCAACUUGCAAUCCCUUGAUCUUGGCCAUAAUCAUGGGGAUAUGAGCUGUGAGAACCUUGACUGGCUUUCUCACCUUCCUUUGUUAACACACCUUGACUUGAGGCGGGUUAAUCUUGGUAAAGCAAUCCAUUGGCCCCAAGCAAUUAAUAAAAUGCCUUCCCUAACUGAGUUAUUCUUGAGCCAUACUCAGCUUCCUCCGAUUAUUCCAACAAUAUCCAUUUCCCAUAUUAAUUCUUCUACUUCUCUUGCUGUGCUUGAUCUCUCCUCGAAUGGUCUCACUUCUUCAAUAUACCCAUGGUUGUUCAACUUCAGUAGCAGCCUUGUUCAUCUUGACCUCUCUAUGAAUGAUCUAAAUGGUUCAAUUCCGGAUGCUUUUGGAAACAUGACUACUCUGGCAUAUCUUGAUCUCUCUGGGAACGGGCUAGGUGGUUCAAUUCCGGAUGCUUUUGGAGACAUGACUACUCUGGCAUAUCUUGAUCUCUCUUCGAACGAGCUACCUGGUUCAAUUCCGGAUGCUUUUGGGGACAUGACUACUCUGGCACACCUUGACCUUCAUUCUAAUCAUCUAAAUGGAGCAAUUCCGGAUGCUUUUGGAGACAUGACUACUCUGGCAUAUCUUGAUCUCUCUUCGAACGAGCUACGUGGUUCAAUUCCGGAUGCUUUUGGGGACAUGACUACUCUGGCAUAUCUUGAUCUCUCUGGGAACGAGCUACGUGGUUCAAUUCCGGAUGCCUUUGGGGACAUGACUACUCUGUCACACCUUGACCUUCAUUCUAAUCAUCUAAAUGGAGCAAUUCCGGAUGCUUUUGGAGACAUGACUACUUUGGCAUAUCUUGAUCUCUCUGGGAACGGGCUAGGUGGUUCAAUUCCGGAUGCUUUUGGAGACAUGACUACUCUGGCAUAUCUUGAUCUCUCUUCGAACGAGCUACGUGGUUCAAUUCCGGAUGCUUUUGGGGACAUGACUACUCUGGCAUAUCUUGAUCUCUCUUGGAACGAGCUACGUGGUUCAAUUCCGGAUGCUUUUGGAAACAUGACUAGUCUGGCAUAUGUUGAGCUCUCUUUGAAUCAACUUGAAGGUGAGAUUCCAAAAUCCUUGAGAGAUUUAUGUAAUUUACAGGAAUUAUGGUUGUCUCAGAACAAUCUCACUGGACUGAAGGAAAAAGAUUAUCUGGCCUGCCCUAAUAACACAUUAGAGAUUUUAGAUUUAUCUUAUAAUCAAUUGAAAGGGUCAUUUCCCGAUCUUUCUGGAUUUUCACAGUUGAGAGAAUUACAUCUUGAAUUCAAUCAACUAAACGGAACUGUCUCGGCAAACCACCUUUUUGGUCUCUCCAACCUAUCUGUCUUAGACUUAUCUUUCAACUCCCUUACAUUCAACAUAAGCCUUGAGCUAGUUCCCCAGUUUCAAGCCCAAUCUAUAAUGUUGCCCUCUUGCAAAUUAGGCCCACGUUUUCCUAAUUGGCUUCAAACUCAAGAAGAUUUGUUGGAACUUGAUAUCUCUGCUUCUGGAAUUUCAGAUGUCAUUCCCAAUUGGUUUUGGAAUUUAACUUCACAUUUACAAUGGUUAAACAUUUCCAACAAUCACAUCUCCGGGACUUUGCCAAAUUUACAAGCAACUCCUUUUAUAUUGGAUAUGAGUUCAAAUUGCUUGGAAGGUUCAAUACCACAAUCUCUUUUCAAUGCUGAAUGGUUGGAUCUCUCUAAGAACUUGUUUUCAGGCUCAAUUUCUUUAUCGUGCGGGACUAGUUGGGGUUUGUCUCAUCUCGACCUCUCAAAUAAUCGACUGUCGGGAGAACUACCCAAUUGUUGGGAGCAGUGGGAAGAUUUAGUGGUUCUUAAUUUGGCAAAUAAUAAUUUUUCUGGGAAAAUUAAAAAUUCAAUUGGCUUGUUACAUCAGAUGCAAACAUUGCAUUUACGUAACAAUAGUUUUACUGGAGCACUGCCUUCGUCCUUAAAGAACUGCAGAGCUUUGCGUCUUAUAGAUUUGGGAAAAAAUAAAUUGUCAGGAAAAAUAACCGCAUGGAUGGGAGGAAGCCUGUCAGAUUUGAUCGUUCUCAACCUAAGAUCUAAUGAAUUUAAUGGAAGCAUACCUUCAAGUCUUUGUCAACUGAAACAGAUUCAAAUGUUGGACCUCUCUAGCAACAAUCUAUCAGGAAAGAAACCAAAAUGUCUCAAAAAUUUAACUGCCAUGGCUCAAAAAGGAAAUCCGGUCCUUUCUUACUUAACAUCUUACGAUUUGGCUACCCUUUACUAUGUUGAUAGUACAUUGGUUCAAUGGAAAGGAAAAGAACAAGAGUACAAGAACACUCUUGAACUCAUCAAGAGCAUUGAUUUUUCAAGCAAUAAAUUAAUUGGUGAAAUUCCUAUAGAAGUAACUGAUUUGGUAGAAUUGGUGUCAUUGAAUUUAUCAAGAAACAAUUUGAUUGGAUCAAUCCCUACAACAAUUGGUCAAUUGAAAUUAUUGGAUUUUCUUGAUCUAUCUCAAAACCAACUUAAUGGUAGAAUUCCGGAUACUCUUUCUCAAAUAGCCGAUCUAAGUGUUUUAGACCUAUCAAAUAACACCUUGUCAGGUAAAAUUCCAUUAGGCACUCAAUUACAAAGCUUUGAUGCCUCCACAUAUGAGGGAAAUCCUGGACUUUGUGGACCACCUCUUUUGAAAAGGUGUCCUGAAGAUCAACUUGGGGGAGUCUCCUCCACUAGUGGUCUUAGUAGUAAAAAAGAGGUCGACAUUCAAGAUGAUGCAAAUAAUAUAUGGUUUUAUGGAAAUAUUGUUCUUGGAUUCAUCAUCGGAUUUUGGGGAGUUUGCGGCACUUUACUAUUCAAUAGUUCAUGGAGAUAUGCCUAUUUCCAGUUGUUGAGCAAGAUAAAGGAUUGGUUGUACGUGACAACAAUAGUAAAUAUGAAUAGAAUACGAAGGAGCCUGCAAGGUUAAAUGGACUUCAGCUGGGUUGCAUCUCAAGGAUUAGUAGGUGAUAUAUGCUUUUGAGUAACGGGAGUAUUUAUGAUGGGAUAGUUACAUGCCUUAAUGCAAAAGCUUGCCAUCGGAUAAAUGACAUCGGCAUGUAUUAAGUUUGCUUAUUUGGUAGUUAGCAUGACUUUAAGUUUCUCGUGUUAUAUUCUAUUUAGAACUUUUUAAACAUUAAUUGUUGCUAUUAUAUGUUCGACUUUGUAUUUUUUGCUCUCAAAUUUAUUUGUUAUUUUUGUAGAAUCAAA